AUUCGCGUCAUUUGAGGCGUCCGUUCUCCUUCUUCCCUAUUUCUUUGUGUAAAUUGCUAAUUUUUACUUUCAAUUCAUUCGUUUGCUAUAAUAAUGGACGCACUUCCACCUUCUUAUGAAUCUCACUUCACUCUGAAUACACCUGUCCAUGAACAGUUGAAGGACAAGCGUGUUAUUCUUGCCUCAGGAUCUCCUAGAAGAAAGGAACUUUUUCGCCAAAUGGGAUUCUCUAAUGUGGAAGUAUUCGUAUCUGGGUUUGCCGAAAAUUUGAGUAAAUCUGCUUACGUUACACCCUGGGAAUAUGCUGCUGAUACCUCCUCUCAAAAGGCUUUAGCUGUCUAUCAAAACUUGGCUGCUGAAGAAGAUUCACCAGAUGUUGUCAUUGCUGCUGAUACAGUGUUGAUUUUGGAUAGCGAAAUCAUCGAAAAACCUGCUGACCCAAAGCAUCAUUUGUCUAUUCUCAAAAAGCUUCGAGACUCUAGAGAACCACACAAGGUUUUUACUGCCGUUACCGUAAUUGUCCCCUUGGACGUCCCCGUUCAUCCUGGAUAUGUCAUGAAAACCCAUUUAGAGGAAACCCAAGUGAAGUUUGAUCCUUCUCUUACCGACGAAUUUCUCGAAGCCUAUGUUCGUUCUGGCGAGGGUCUUGAUAAGGCUGGUGGCUAUGGUAUUCAGGGAUUUGGUGCUCUUUUGGUGGAAUCCAUUCAAGGUGACUAUACCAAUAUUGUUGGUCUCCCUUUACGUGCUACAUACCGUCUUUUGGAAGAAGCAUUAGACCAAGGAAAUGCAGAAAAUUAUGAUUAAGGCCUAUGAUACUUCUUUCUCUUUUUUCUUUUAUUUUUUUCUACGAUUUCUAGGCAUCGGCAAAUGGUGCCCUUUUGUUCUUUUUCGGUAUUAUGCUGUAUGUUAAUUAUGAUUGUAUUACUUUCUGGAAACGGUUUUACAUCAUUUGUCGGCUUUAUGUCCUCCAAUCCUCUUGUGUUUUAGCUUUCUUUUUAUUUCUUUUCUGCAUUGUUGAAGACAGGUUUCUCAUAGCACUCAUCCCAUUAUAUUCAUCUCUUAAAUUUAUACAACUGGUACUCCUUUUUAGAAUGCAAAUGCACUCUUCUCUCCGUUUUACAAUACAACUUACAAAUAGAUUAUUAUAAACUUGGUUAUCAAUCGUAAUGUAUUUCUAUUGUGAACGCAUAAACAC